UGAAGCAGCGGUCCCUGGAAACAGUUCCGGGAAACCCCGCGUGUUGCCGGGGUCGCACCGCCGUCCAUGAGGAGAAGGAGGAGCGCGCGCCAUUUGCCGUCGCUGCUUGGGCCCGAGCUGCGCCGCGCAGGCCCUGCUCCGCUCCUGAAUUUUUUCCAGCAGCAUAAUAAAAUGGCUAAUCAGGUGAAUGGUAAUGCGGUACAGUUAAAAGAAGAGGAAGAACCAAUGGAUACUUCCAGUGUAACUCACACAGAACACUACAAGACACUGAUAGAGGCAGGCCUCCCACAGAAGGUGGCAGAGAGACUUGAUGAAAUAUUUCAGACAGGGUUGGUAGCUUAUGUCGAUCUUGAUGAAAGAGCAAUUGAUGCUCUUAGGGAAUUUAAUGAAGAAGGAGCCCUCUCUGUAUUACAGCAGUUUAAAGAAAGUGACCUGUCGCAUGUACAGAACAAAAGUGCAUUUUUAUGUGGAGUUAUGAAGACCUACAGGCAAAGAGAGAAGCAAGGCAGCAAAGUACAGGAAUCGACAAAGGGACCAGAUGAAGCAAAGAUCAAGGCUUUGCUAGAGAGGACUGGUUACACUUUGGAUGUAACUACAGGACAGAGAAAAUAUGGGGGCCCUCCUCCAGAUACUGUGUAUUCUGGUGUUCAGCCUGGUAUCGGAACAGAGGUUUUUGUUGGUAAGAUUCCGCGAGACUUGUAUGAAGAUGAAUUGGUACCACUCUUUGAGAAAGCUGGUCCCAUUUGGGAUCUUCGCCUCAUGAUGGAUCCUCUUUCUGGUCAAAACAGAGGUUAUGCUUUCAUUACUUUUUGUAGCAAAGAUGCAGCUCAGGAAGCAGUCAAACUGUGUGACAACUACGAAAUCCGUCCUGGGAAGCACCUUGGAGUAUGCAUCUCCGUGGCAAACAACAGAUUAUUUGUUGGGUCAAUUCCAAAGAACAAGACGAAGGAAAACAUCUUGGAAGAGUUUAAUAAAGUCACAGAGGGUUUGGUGGAUGUAAUCUUAUAUCAUCAACCUGAUGAUAAAAAGAAGAAUCGAGGAUUCUGCUUCUUGGAAUAUGAAGAUCACAAGUCAGCAGCACAAGCUCGACGUCGCUUGAUGAGUGGAAAAGUAAAAGUCUGGGGAAAUGUUGUGACAGUGGAGUGGGCUGAUCCGGUAGAGGAACCUGAUCCAGAAGUCAUGGCAAAGGUGAAAGUUUUAUUUGUAAGAAACUUGGCCACUACUGUCACGGAAGAAAUUCUUGAGAAAUCCUUCUCUGAAUUUGGAAAGCUGGAAAGAGUAAAGAAACUAAAGGAUUAUGCUUUUGUUCAUUUUGAGGACAGAGGUGCAGCAGUGAAGGCUAUGAAUGAAAUGAAUGGAAAAGAGAUAGAAGGGGAAGAAAUUGAAAUAGUGUUAGCAAAGCCACCGGAUAAGAAAAGGAAAGAACGUCAGGCUGCCAGGCAGGCCUCCAGAAGUACUGCGUAUGAAGACUAUUAUUACUACCCUCCGCCUCGCAUGCCACCUCCUAUUAGAGGCAGAGGCCGUGGAGGGAGAGGUGGAUAUGGCUAUCCCCCAGAUUACUAUGGCUAUGAAGAUUAUUAUGAUGAUUAUUAUGGUUAUGACUAUCAUGACUACCGUGGUGGCUAUGAAGAUCCCUAUUACGGCUAUGAUGAUGGCUAUGCUAUAAGAGGAAGAGGAGGAGGAGGAAGGGGUGGGAGAGGUGCACCUCCACCACCUAGGGGGCGGGGAGCACCACCACCAAGAGGUAGAGCUGGCUAUUCACAGAGGGGGGCACCCAUGGGACCGCCAAGAGGAGCCAGGGGUGGGAGAGGGGGUCCUGCACAACAGCAGAGAGGACGCGGUGCUCGUGGAGCCAGGGGCAACCGUGGGGGCAACGUAGGAGGCAAGAGAAAGGCAGAUGGGUACAACCAGCCUGAUUCCAAGCGCCGUCAGACCAACAACCAGCAGAACUGGGGCUCCCAACCCAUCGCUCAGCAGCCGCUCCAGCAAGGUGGUGACUAUGCCGGUAACUAUGGUUACAAUAAUGACAACCAGGAAUUUUAUCAGGAUACUUAUGGGCAACAGUGGAAGUAGACAAGUGAGGAGGGAUCGAGAAUUUUGGAAACAUAGAAUUGGCUAUAGCUCUACAUACUUCAAAACAAAAUUGGCUUAAUGUUUCAUCCUUCAGUAGCGAUUGGCUGCCAUUUGUAUUGGGCUGAAGAAUCACUCUAUUGUGUAUAUACUCGAGUCUCUUAGUUUUCUUUUUUUUUUUUUUUCAUAAAUGCACUUGGACAUUACUGGGCUUGCAGAAUUCCUGAACUCCAUAUGGGGUUUCAAUGCUUUUAUCAUUUUAGGCUUCAUUUUAGCAGUUUAAAAGCAGGAAUGGCACACUGUUCAAUCAUGAUUUUGCAGAACCUCUGGUUUUUGGACAGUUUUUUUUUUUGGAUUUGGGAUAGACUACAUAGGAGUAUGCUGUACAUAAAAGUAAAAGCUAGUGCUUUGUCUUAGUAGUUUUAAGAAAUUACAACAAAUUAAGUUUUCUUGUAUUGAAAAUAACAUGAUUGUAUGUUUUGCAUUCCUAGAAGUAGGUUAACUGUGUUUUUAAAUUGUUAUAACUUCACACCUUUUUGAAAAUCUGCCCUACAAAAUUUGUUUGGCUUAAAACGUCAAAGCCGUGGCAAUUUGUUCCUUGAUGUGAUUGUAUUUCCAAUUUCUUGUUCAUGUAAGAUUUCAAUAAAACUCAAAAAUCUAUUCAAAACAUUACCUAUUUCAAAUUCAAUUGUGUCCUAAAACAUUAUUUCAUUGGUAAUUCUUGCGAAAAACAUUGUUUUCAAAGUAUAACUGCCUAUGUGAGUGAUCAAAUUCAUGCAAAAUUUCUUGUGCUUUCCAACAUGUAGCACUGUGGACAUCAGACUGAAAACUAGGAGAAAUUACAAAUAGCCUGAAGGGCACUCUUUGUUUAACUGCUGUUCAGUAACUUACCAGCAUCUAAUUUUGAAACUUUUUUUUUUGUUUUAAGUGUUGAAAUGUACAAUCCAAACAGUCAUGGAAAUCUGAUUCAAAUAUAAUUCUCUAAUGUGGAGAAGGAAGCAGAGCCUACAAUGGUGUUAAUUUUGUUCCUUUUUGCUAUGUACUGUGAAGUCCCUCUAGAGGCUAUUCUGUUAGGAUCCAGCCACAUUGUAUUAUUAUUCAGUGUACAAACACACAGAAAUGGUUUUGAUCUCAAGCUUCUCAAUUCAAUUAAAGACAGUAUUUGAGUAGGGAUGAGAAUUAAGAAAUCAGGUACUGUGGCACAGUAAACUAACUUUUUGCUGCAGAUAACACAAACAUACUCUCCAUGUUCUCCGUAAUUCUAUCUUGAUGUUUUAAUUUGAUGUUCUGCCAUGAUGAACAAUUUGCCUUAGAAUUCUCAUGCCUUGUAAUAAAGGCUGUUUAAAAAUUACAUCUUAUCUUUUGGGGAGAUUCCUAGCUAUGUUAUUGGGGUGUUACGUGUUGCUUUUAUUGACCCUUGUCUUGGACAUUCCCAGAUGUCAAUUUUAACUGGCGAGUCAUGACAUUCUUCUGUUGCAUCUGAGCCAUUCUGUACCCCAAUGAAGAACGUUUGCUUCUCAAGAAAGAGAAACAAAAGGAUUUAAUCUUUCUCUAAAGAAAACUAUUGCUGGACCUCUAAAUAUCCAAAUCUAAUACGUUGCUCAUACUUGAUUACAGCAUUAUAAACAGACGAUUGGGCGAGUUAAGCUUCAGUGGUCAUACUCCUCCCUUUGUCUUCUAUUCCUGUCUGGUGUCUUUGAAUUGUAUUUUGUCAGAAUGCUAACAAAGAGAUGAGCCUUCCCACGCUUUAUUUGUGGUGGGACUGGUAUAUAAUUGCAUGGUUUGACUUGAGUUUAAUUGAAGCGAGGAUGUAUAUCUGGUUUUCAAAAAUGGGUUUGCCCCUUUGUCAGGCUUUCCCUUUCAAAUUAAUGUAAUUGGUCAUGAAUUUUAAAAAAAAAAUGCUUUCCAAAGUUAGUAUUUUAGUAUGUUAAAGCCUUUUUUCUUUUUUGUUCUUGUUUUUUAUUUCAUAAAGUUAAUGGGGCCAAAUCCUGUCCUCUCUGUUCCUUACUUGAGCAGUGAAGUCAGAGGGGUAUUGCCUGGGUAUGCGUUUCAGGCUUUUGCUUGUGGUAAGGAUAUGGCUUGUAAUUUUGUUUAUAAUACAAGGAAUUGCUGUUCUAUUAGUAUUACUUUAUAGUAAUGACAUAAGUUUUGCAAUAUUGAGCAGAACACUGUAGUCUCUAUAGAUAUUUGUAUUUCAUUAGUCACUGUGAAGGGGAUCUGGAUUAGGGCAAUUUAAUUGGAAUCAAAUUUUAAGUACUGUCCAUCCUGGAAGAAAGGUAGCGACUCUCAUAGAGUGGAUUUCCAGAGUUAGCCCAGGAGAGGUGAAGCCCCAGUGCAUGCUUAAGGGGGGAGGGAGGUGUUGGGAAGUGAAACACUUCAAUUCUAAUGUUUACAAGGCACCUAAGUAACAAAAAUCGUCUUCCUCAAGAACUGUAAAGCUGCAUCUUGUAUUUGUUUCUGCCAAAAUUGCUAAUUAUCCUACUAUUUUUAUUGAAUAUGACAAUUGAGCUAUACAUUUUUUAUAACUGAAAAUGAAAAUCCAUAAAAGUUUAUACUUACAAUAUUAUCGAGUUUUGCAAUUGAUGUGAUUGAUGGAUACUUAAGUUCACCUUUUAAAUUUGUAACAGCACCCCACUGAAUCCAUAGAGAUCACGUGUGCUACAGCUUAGUCCAGUAGCGGUGUACAAUGAACUUGAACUUAUCUAACAAAAUUACUGGAAUAAAAAAAACAUGGGACAAAAAUACUGUAGCUCAGUGGGAAAAUGUACUAUAUGUGAUGAGAGACACUCAAGGGAAGAAUCUUCUCAGCACAAUUCUGAUACAUAGUCAAAGGAAAACAUAAAUUUACUUUCAUGCAUCUGUUUUGAUCUUUUCUUCAGCAUAACUUAGCAAAAUUCCUCUUAUAAAGUAUCUUGAAAAUGGAUUUCAACUUGUAAGCCAAUAUUAAGCUUCUAUCAGUGUCCUGCUGGCAUUGGAGGAAGAGCCAUGAAAUGGGAUUUUAGUAAUUAUUUGAUCACUCAUUUAUAGCAGUUGCUUAAAUGUCUGUAUUGAUGUUUGACUUAUAAGUAAUAAAAAAGUAGGUUGCUAGAUUUAUAGCAAUUCCAAAACUUCUAAGCAAAAGAUUUUACAGCUGUUACGUUGUUAUAGGCUUACUCGCACAUUAUUAACAUAAUCAAUUUACUAAAUUCAGCUUUUAAUUUUACUAAUUUGUUAAGCAUAAUCUGCAUUUUCCGUAGUAUUAAAGGGUUUAAUUUUUUUUGUAGCAACUGUUUAUUUUCAGGACUCAGCAUCUAUAGUAUAAUUCUUAGAAGGAGCGACAACUGCAUUGCUUAAAGCAUUUUCUAAAUAAACUCUCAAGUCUAAGUAGAAGUUCACCAUUAAAUACUGGUGACUGUAAAAACCUGACCCUUUUUUGAUCUCUCUGCAUUUGGACAUAAAGCCCAUUUCUGUAUUUUGAACUACAGAAAAAAUACAGAAGACACUCUUAUUAUAAGGCUAGCAGGAAAAUUGAUUUGAGGUAUUGAGCAAAAAGUCUUCAACCUCGUAGAAAAGAAGUGUUUGGCACCUAGGCCUGCAACUCUAACACGGAUGUGUUAAUUCUCAGCAAGGCUUAAUAGUCAUCCAGAAAUUAUGAGCCUGGCCCAUGUGUUGAGCAAGGACCCAGUCCUGCACAUUUUUCCUGGGCAGUCUUUGAUCAUAUGUGAGUGCUUAUGUGAUGAAGGAUUAUUUGCAUAAUGAAAGUUAGCCAGAUUGGAUGGUCAUUCAUGUGGACUACUUAGAUAGCUCAGAGCCUUAUAGAAAGAGUGUACUGAGUUGUGUUUCUUGUUUAUUAAAACCAAACCAAACAAAAAAUCCCAAGAACUCUGAGCUUCUGUUAACUUAGUAUUUGAAGGAGGCUGUUUGGAUGAAGUAGUUUGGCUUAAAACAUUUUGAAACCACGUGGCUAAGUUUGGCAUAACUUAGUUGACGAAAACUGGAGAGAAGGAAAAAAAAAUCAUUUAAGGGGAUCUUGAACUUCUGUUCUCAUUCGGACAAAACAGUCAAGGUGUAUCUGCGAUGUUUGGUUAUGGAUCAGGAACUCCUGAAAUUUUAGAAUAGCAUAAUCCCACUGAAGGCAUUUUUGUACAAUCUGGAGGUUACCAGAAGCUCUGAAAGACAGUUCAGAAUAUAUUGCAUCACAUUUUCUGAUGUCCAGAAAUGUGCAAGUGUCAAUUUUGUAUUUUAACUCCUUCCUUUUACCUGACUAUCAGGGAAGCGUGAUUGAGGCUGACCUGACAUGUCAUGAUGUCGACUUGCUAGGUGGGGUUCGCAAGGGACAUUAACCUUGGAGUUAUCGAUGCUGAAGGACAGAGACUGUGAUGAGCACUAACAAUGAUUUGCAACGUGAACUGAUGGCAGGUAUUUGUGUCUAGUCCUCGUAGUCUGACAUAAAUAGGGAAGGCGUAUGUGCAGCGUGUGACUUCUGGCUGUAGAUUCCUCUGUACUUGAUGAAUAUUUCGAUGUCGAUAGAAAGAUUUGUUUUCAUAGCGUGUCCAAGAGCUGUUCUGCAGUGAAGGUAAGUUCAGAGGUGUGGGCAGGGGGUGGACAACCAAGCCCUUAAUCUGUUCUGAUUUUUUUUUUCCUGGCCCAAUGCUUAGAGUUCUGUGGACAGAUGUUGAACUGAUCAGGCAGCUGCUGAAACCGUGAAGAAGCAGGGCAUGUUUUUAGCACUGGGGAGAAAAUCAGUUUAAGAUUUUUAGCCUUUUGACAAUGCUCUCAGAUGCGUGGUUGAAUUUUUAGAUGUUUCUGUAUGGAGCCAGGAGUUGGGCCCUUUGAACAUGGGAUAUGCUGUAAUUAUAUUUGUUGUCUUUUAAACAGUCAGUUGCAGUUCGGUGUCAUUCUCUGCUCAUUUUACUGAUUGAGAAUUACUGUCUUAGAGUUCAGCUGAGUCCUCUUUGCUUUAUGGUGAGGGACUGCUGCUGGCUAUUAGCUGUGCUUUAAAGACAAAUACUCCUAUUUUCAUACAAGUUCAGACUGUGUUUGUUCAGAAACCCAAUGGAAGUGUUAGCUGUGUCUCAGUUCCCUGACUUGGGUUGUCAGGACUUGCCUCUGAGUCUUGUUCUGACAGACAAUUAGCUCCCUGGACUCCUUCCUUAGGAAACUUAGCAAAGAGUCUCAGGUGUGCUUUGCUAAGUAGAACCAUGUGUAGACAACAGGUAUUAUAGUUCAUGGGGGGAAAAAAUACGUAGCAUGGAAAUAUGAAAUCUGCAUCACCUUGACUUAAAAAAUCUAGGAGAUCCAGUAUCUUAAUGCUGUAACUUGGAAGAAUGUUGGAGAAGUUCUUGAAUAUGAUAUUUUUUUAAACUGUCAAUAAAAUUGUGUGCAAUCUAUACUUUUGCAGUAAUGUAAAGUGUACCACGGAUUAGCUAAUCUUCCAGAAGAACCCCAACAUCUGCCUGCCAUGGCAAGUGAUCUGAGGAGUUCCAGGUGGGUGUGCUACGUGUGUAUCAAGUCUUCUCUCUAGACAGUGUACUGUAUGAACUGCACGUGCAUUGUAUAAUUGUUUCCUACCUGGUCCUUUUGUAAUGUCUAUCUUUUUCCAAUAAAUAUCUUUUGAAGUCA